GCCCCACCCCGCCCCUCGGCUCCGGUGCGGGGCGGGCGUGCUGCGGCGGUCGCUGCUGCUGCUUCCUCGGGCCAUUUUGCUCCGCGCGGGGAGAAGAGAGGUAUAGAGCAGGGCUAGAGGAGGCGAGGGCCAGAGGAAACGGCAGGCGGCGGGCUUCCCGCAUUCGCAGUGUCCGGAGGGGCUCAGCGAUCGCCGGCGAAGGGGGUCGGGGGCCCUUUCCCGGUCCCUGCAUCAUGAGCUGGGGCACCGAGCUCUGGGAUCAGUUUGACAACUUAGAAAAACAUACACAGUGGGGAAUCGACAUUCUUGAAAAGUACAUCAAGUUCGUCAAGGAGAGGACUGACAUUGAGCUCAGCUAUGCCAAGCAGCUCAGGAAUCUUUCAAAGAAAUACCAACCCAAGAAGAACUCGAAGGAAGAAGAAGAAUACAAGUACACGGCAUGCAAGGCGUUUCUUUCCACCCUGAAUGAGAUGAACGACUAUGCCGGGCAGCAUGAGGUCAUCUCCGAGAACAUGACAUCACAGAUCACGGUGGACCUGAUGCGCUACGUGCAGGAGCUGAAGCAGGAGAGGAAAUCGAACUUCCAUGAUGGACGGAAGGCCCAGCAGCACAUCGAGACAUGCUGGAAGCAACUGGAGUCGAGUAAGAGGCGCUUUGAGCGGGACUGCAAGGAGGCCGACCGCGCCCAGCAGUACUUCGAGAAGAUGGACGCUGACAUCAAUGUGACCAAAGCCGAUGUGGAAAAGGCGCGGCAGCAAGCUCAAUUACGUCACCAAAUGGCAGAGGACAGCAAAGCCGAGUACUCCUCGAUCCUGCAGAGAUUCAACCAGGAGCAGUGGGAAUACUACCACACCCACAUUCCCAACAUCUUCCAGAAAAUCCAAGAGAUGGAAGAAAGGCGGAUCGUGCGCAUUGGAGAGUCCAUGAAGACGUACGCGGAGGUGGAUCGGCAGGUGAUACCCAUCAUCGGGAAAUGCCUGGACGGGAUAGUGAAGGCGGCCGAGUCCAUCGACCAGAAAAAUGACUCACAGCUGGUCGUAGAAGCCUACAAGUCAGGGUUCGAGCCUCCUGGAGACAUUGAAUUCGAAGACUACACCCAGCCGAUGAAACGCACGGUGUCAGAAAACAGCCUCUCCAGCUCAAAAGAAGGCAAGCCAGAGCUCAAGUUUGGCGGCAAGUCCAGAGGCAAGCUGUGGCCAUUCAUCAAGAAAAACAAGCUUGUGUCCCUUUUAACAUCCCCCCAUCAGCCUCCCCCUCCUCCCCCUGCCUCUGCCUCACCCUCUGCUGUUCCCAACGGCCCCCAGUCUCCCAAGCAGCAAAAGGAACCCCUCUCCCACCGCUUCAACGAGUUCAUGACCUCCAAACCCAAAAUCCACUGCUUCCGGAGCCUAAAGCGUGGGCUUUCUCUCAAGCUGGGUGCCACACCAGAAGACUUCAGCAACCUCCCGCCUGAGCAGAGAAGGAAAAAGCUGCAGCAGAAAGUGGAUGAUCUCAAUAAAGAGAUCCAAAAGGAGACAGAUCAGAGGGACGCUAUCACCAAAAUGAAAGACGUGUACCUAAAGAACCCCCAGAUGGGAGACCCGGCCAGCUUGGACCACAAACUUGCUGAAGUCACCCAGAACAUAGAGAGACUGCGGCUGGAGACACAGAAGUUUGAGGCCUGGCUGGCUGAGGUGGAAGGCAGACUUCCAGCACGGAGUGAGCAGGCACGCCGGCAGAGUGGGAUGUAUGACGGUCAGACACACCAGACAGUCACUAACUGCGCCCAGGACCGGGAGAGCAGCCCAGAUGGUAGUUACACAGAAGAGCAAAGCCAGGAGAGCGAGCUCAAGGUGCUGGCCACAGAUUUUGAUGAUGAAUUUGAUGAUGAGGAGCCACUUCCUGCCAUAGGGACCUGCAAGGCCCUCUACACAUUUGAAGGUCAGAAUGAAGGCACCAUUUCCGUGGUGGAAGGAGAGAUGCUGAGUGUGAUCGAGGAGGACAAGGGCGAUGGGUGGACUCGCAUCCGCAGAAAUGAAGACGAGGAGGGCUAUGUCCCUACUUCCUACGUCGAAGUCUAUUUAGACAAAAACGCCAAAGGUGCUAAGACUUAUAUUUAACCCACUUAAAACAAAAACCCUUAAAAGCAUUGGAGUUGUCUCUCCCAACCGCUUUGGCUGCCGUAGGCCUUCAAGAGGCCAGCAGAGAGCAAGCGAUACAGACACUCGGGGAACUGGGGGCAUCUCGUGCCUGAGUUUGCUUGUCCAACUUGGCUGUGUGCAGAGCUGCCCCGGCCUGCUUACGACUGUGUUGUCUGAAAUCUCAUCAGUGUUUCCAUUUCUUUCAACAAAAGUAUGUAGAUUUUUAAAAUGUGUGGUGGUGGUUCAUACCUAUAAUCCCAGCACUCACUCAGGAGGCUGAGUCAGGAGCAUCCCACCGAGUUUCAGGCUAGCCUGGGCUACACAGUAAGACUCGGUAGAAAUUAAAUAAAUGAAAGUUAACAUUUGUUAUUUCAUCAAUGGAACUGAGUAACGUCUCCCAGCCCUUUAGUAAAGAUGAUAACAUUUUCUUAGUGCCUAUGCCGAGUAUCCUUACAGUUGCUGCUCAGGCCCUUUUAUUGUCUGAGUGUCCCAAACAACCAGGAUAUGUCCAGAAAGGUGUGCUCCUUGAGCGAUUUAACUUUGACAUGUCCCGAUGGUGGGGUGUCUUCAAGCUGGUGAGGCAGGUGUACAGCACCUAGUUGCCCAACACCCUGGGGUCGUGAUGUUUUCAUACUCGGUACUAUUCUUGCCAGAAGGUUUGCCAUAAGCAGAACCUGGUGUACCACUACACACAACGACCCCUGCAAUUCCCUUUUUAAGAGGAAGUUUUUUUUUUUUUUUUUAAUCUUUGGCAACUAUAAGACCCAAAGUUUGAACUUACUAGGCAUCAUUUGGGGUUUCUGGCACAUUUGAUCUGGCUAACUACAGUCAGAAUAAAAUAAAGUCUCCGUGUUCUAAAGGAAUUUGGGCCAUGCAGGAAUUUGCAUUUUUAAGUCAGUGCUGAUACUGGAGGGGAGAGAGUGGCAUUGGUGAUAUCCAGAAGUGGUCCAGGACUGAACGUGCCCAUCAUGACCUCAAGGUCACCAAGGAGCUGCAUCCGUCCACAUCUGACCCUUUUGUUGUUGUUGUUGUUGGAGAUGGGGUUUCUCUGUGUAUUUCUGGCCAUCCUGGAACACGCAUUCUGUAGUCCAGCCUGGCCUUGAAUUCAGAGACCCACCUGCCUCCCUCCCAAGUGCUGGGGUAAAAGUAUGUGCCACCACCGCCUGGCUCAUAUCUGGUCCUUCUUGUUUGACUUUGAAAAUUAUUUACAUCUUACUAAGCAGAAAAUAGCUCUUUGCCUCUAUAUUAGGGGCUCAUUUUAAUAAGCUGUUUUGUUUUGUUUGUUUGUUUUUAAUGUGGUUGGGGAUGGGAUCGGGCCGUGUGUUCGCUGGCAGAUUCACUGCCACUGAGGUGUAGCCCCUGCAAUGACUCUAAAAGCGACAGCUAUACAUCUAUCUGGGCCCAGGAACCUGGAACAGUUUCAAGAUUCUGGCAAUGAUUUCUCCUGAAUUUCACAAGGGCCUGUGAAGUGUCAUUGAGCAAGCUAUACUUACCAACAACCUGGCUCUUAAAGACUUUUUUACUUUUUUUUUUUUUUUAGGCAGUGUCUUGCUAUGGAACCCAGGCUAGCCUUGAACUCUGUCUCCCUGUCUCAGUCUUGUGAUUGCUACGAUAAAGACAAUAUUUUGAAGUAGUAAUGGGCUCUUGGCAGUUACAAAGGUGGCACAAAGGGUCCCAUGCCCUCUCCAAGGCCCCAGCAGCCAUACUUCACAGUCUAGUACAGUCUCAGAAAUAGGAAGCUGGCCCAGUCCACCUGACAUUCAGUGCACAUUAAUUUUGUAAUUCGUGUUUCGAGUGAGUAACUUUUGCUGUCACAGUGUAUUCAAAGUCAAUUAUCCCAGGGCCCCUUCAGGUGAACAGCUUGCUGGGUGAAAUGGAGGGGUUUCCCUUGUGUAAGUUGGGGUGAGGAAAUGCCAGUUUGGACAUGCAUCUGUGGUCGCAGUUUUAAGUGUGUGUUGCUAAACCGAACCCUAGCAUCCUAACAGAUGAACAGGUCCAGCACUGUCUGUGCUGAGUGAUACUGUAUAGCUCCCAUCUCCUUAGUGGUAAUGAGAGAAAUUCCUCCUAUAGUCUGCUGUCCGAAAAGGGAGAUUGGAGGUGUGGUUAGGGGAAGAUGACUCAGCAGAGACAGGCAUCUGUCCCCAAGCCUGGGUCUCAUGUGGCUGAAGCAAAGGACCAGCUCCCAAGAGUUGACCUCUGACUUUCCUAUGCCAAGACACAUGUGCUCACCCACACAAAGCAAACACAACUCAGUGUAAGAAACUAGAGAGCGCCGGGCAGUGGUGGCGCACGCCUUUAAUCCCAGCACUCGGGAGGCAGAGGCAGGCGGAUCUCUGUGAGUUCGAGCCCAGCCUGGUCUACAAGAGCUAGUUCCAGGACAGGAACCAAAAGCUACGGAGAAACCCUGUCUCGAAAAAUCAAAAAAAAAAAAACAAAAAAACAAAAAACAAAAACUAGAGAGCAGGGCAGUGGGGGCACACACCUGUAACCCCGGCCGGAUCUCUGUGAGGUCGAGGCUGACCUGGAAUGGCCAGCCAGGGCUGCAUAGUGAGACCUUGUCUCAAAACAACAGAAAAUAAAUACAUACAUACAUACAUACAUACAUACAUACAUACAUACAUAAAUAGAGGGAGAGAUGAGCUGUCUGUAGCUUUUUCCUGUUAUUUGGAAAGUAUAUCUGAGAUUAACAGUCACCUGGGAGCUAUCCCCAGCCUGUGGGGGGGACAGGUAUCAUCCCACCUAGCCUCUCCCAAACCUUGUUCCCCAUGCCCCAAACUCCUACAAGUCCAGUUGCUGCUCCCCAACUCCCAAGAAUUCAAAGCAGCUCUUAGAUUUUUUUGGGAGGGGGAUUCCAAACAGGACCUGGAACUUGCUCUGUAAACCAGGCUGGCCUCGAACACAGAGACCUGCCUGCCUCUGCCUCCGGGAUUAAAGGUGUGUGCCCGCCACUGCCCAGCUGCACCUUCUGGAUUUUUAUAAAAUAAUGCCAGGGCACUUUCUGUGUAUGUGUGUGGUAUCUGUGACAUACUUAAUCAUUGCCAAAAUCCUAGAUUACUCUGAGUCUCAUGGGGUAAUGUUGCUUUUUACAUCACCUUCGUUGAACACGCCCAUAAUCCUGCCCCGCAGGGGAUAUUUGUAUAUAUUGCAAUUUGAAAACUAAACAGAUUCUUUGAACAGUGUUGUUUUAGUCUUUUACCUAUCUGUUUUAUUUGUUAUUCUUCUGCCUAACCACUUUUUGUUUUUAUAACUAUUGGGGAGGCCCGAGGACUCUUGCACUGUAGCUAGGUCCGGCUGGCUGCUGCACACUUGAGUUUAUUGUAAAACCCUGGGUUCUGAGUAAGUUGUUUGAAUACAGCUAUCAUGGUUGUUUCUUUCUGUUCUCAUCCUAAGAGAAAAGAAUCUGCCUGUCAUCCUCCAGUUGUGCCCUCGUAUCUGCCUCUCUAAUAAAUGUUAUUAUUUUUUCUUGG